CAGGACACUCUUGCUGACACACAGACAGAGGGGCAACAGAGGAGACAGAGAAGUAGCCUGAAGCAUGCUCCGUGUACCCUGCGGUCCUGAGUUUGACAACAGCAGAGCCAUGAAUGUGGACAUUCCUCUGAUGGACAUGAGCACAGACGCAGACCUGGCAGCUGCAGCAAACUUUAGAAGGCCCCGGUCUCAUUCUUACUACAGUCCCGAGGAUGCAAAACACUACAGGGAGACAAAGGAGACGGAGGAAGUCCAUAUAAGGCCACGCUCACGGUCUUUCUACAGCUAUGAGACAUCUGAGGGUUAUAAUGAAGGCAAUUUCACCAGGUCAAACGCCAUGAGACCCAGAGCAAGCUCUCCCUUGCAAGGUGAAGCCACCAAGAAACAAAAGAGUGGGGAUGGGAUCAUGGCCAGGCUCCUCACCAAAAGAUCCAAGGCAAAUAAAAACAGUACACAAAAAGACAUCAAUGGAAGCAAAGGCAGCUUAAAGGGUGUCCCCAUGCUGACGAUUUCAGAAUCAGAUAACUGGGAAAUCAGCUCUUCCUCUGGAAUGAAGUACGGACAGUUUGUAGACUGGGAGAAAAUUGACCCAGAGUCUGCAGUGCGUUAUCAGAAGAUCUUAAAAAGUGAUCAUCAGGAACUCAAAGCUAUGGGCAGGGCCGGCUACUGGUCCAUGCCCCAUACGCUGCGGGCCAAAGCCUAUUACCACAUCAUCCACAGCAUCACCUGCAGGUCUGUCACCCCCAACAGGGACAUCUACCAGGAGCUUGCCAGGCAGCUUUUUGGAGAGCACAAGAUGAGCACACACCCUUUCCCUGAGUACAUGGAGGACGGUCUAAUACCGAGGUACUGUCUCAACAAAGCAGGGCUGAACUCUGUCAAAAAGAUCCUGCUGUGCAUUGGGAAGCACUUCUCUGACAUCAACUACUGCCCCAUCCUCCCUGCUCUGGUGUCGCUCCUCCUGCACUUCAGCGAAGACGAGGCGGAGUGCUUCCACAGCAUCUGCUGCCUCAUCGCCUACAACGACCCCAACAAGCGCUACAUAGACCAGACUUUCCUCACCUACAGGGCCUCUUGCAUGACGUUCGGAGACCUGGCCAACAAAUUCUGCCGAGGCGUACGCAAGCUUAUAGCGGCCUCCAACCAAAAUCUCUUCGAGUUCUACUCCGACUGGAUCAUGUGGAUCUUUGCAGAUCUGCCUUUCACCUAUGCCAUCAGAGUCCUGGACGUGUACCUCUUGGAAGGUUACAAAGUGCUGUACAGGGUGGCCCUGGCCCUGCUCAGUCUGUACAAAGUCUCAGUGGCCUCCAGGGUCGCCCAUGUGGAUGACUUCCGACAGGAUAUGAAGAGCUUUGUGCAAAACAUCACUCGCCACAUCACCACUGAGAAGCUGAUGGAGAGGGCCUUCAGCAUUCAGCUUGCCACACGGAAAGAGCUCAACUUCCUCUUCAAUGCCAACAAAGAUGCCCUUAUACAGAAGGGCAUCAACAAACACCAAAACAGGCAUUUGUAUAUAACAGUGGAUCUUGAGAACUUCAGCUCCAGUGUUGUUACUGGGACAGAGAUGAGGAUUGUCUGGGCCUGGAUCCCAGAACGCUUUGCCCUGUUUCAUCCCAUCCUGCUCUUCAGCACUAGCAAGCAUGGACACAGCCUGGCCUCGUUGUAUUCCCAUGUUGAGGGACAUGAGCCAACAGUUUUGCUUCUAAAAACUGUGGACGAAGAGGUCUGUGGUGCCUUCCUGUCCUCGGAUUGGAUGAUGAGAAAAAAGCAUGAGGGGGAAGGCCUCGAUUUCUUUGGAACUGGAGAAUGCUUCGUGUUUACUCUACGCCCUGGGAUGGAACGCUACCAACGGCCCAUACUCCACCUCCCAGAUGCCCUGGACAGAAAUCAGUCCUGGCACAAGGUACAAGGCAGUGGUCAAACCUCCUUUUCCUCGGAAAACAAAGACAUCCAUGCCCCUGUGCCCUUGACCUGUCCCGCCGGCACACCCCAGAACCCUAACUACCUGACCAUCCCGUUCACCGCACCCUCAGCAGGGCCUGCACCUGGAUCUCCAAAGAGGGUCAAAGCACAGCGCCCCCUCUCUGCAUCAAUGUUCAUGGCAGGGGACAGUGAGAGGCUUGUCAUUGGUGGCGGCGGGGGUGAAGCUCUGUGCAUCGGGGCCAACUUGAGGGAUGGGCAAACGGAGCGCAGCGACACCUUCGAGAGUGCCCCACUCUGCAAGGCACACUUCAAGAUUCAGUCUCUGGAGGUCUGGGGGAUUCAGAACUCUGUCACUGUCCCCCCCAUAUCCCAGUAGAAACGGACUGGAAUGCGAUAUGAACAGUAUCUAAUUGUGUCAUUGUCAUUGAACAGUAUCUAACUGGUUUCAACACUUUUACAUUACGUAUUAAGAUUCAGCCAAUUCAGUGCAUGUUGUGUGGGAAAACAGAAACGUUUUGAGCUUAAAUAAUGGAUGGAAAUACACAUGUAUGAACGUACAAUGGGCUGUUCUCAGGUUUGCAUCCACAUAUCCAUGAUCCUGCUGUAGUCACGAUGCGAGGGAACUGUCAUCAUAAUCAGCAUUCGUUGUAUGUGUAUGCUUUGGUGGUACACAGCAUAUGCAUCCUGUUAAUAUCCAUAUAGCUGUACAAAGUGGUAAG